AUGUCGCCGCUAAGCCAAGUGGAAACGACUCCCGCUUUGUUCUACUUUCACCACGAAGAGAAAUUGGAGCAUCCUCGACGCAUCACCAAGCAAGAGAGUCGUAGAAGGCACUUUCCUCGAGCCACUGAAGAGAUGAAGGGAGCUCACCGUCCCGGUAGAAUACGGACACGGACAACCGGACGAAUUCCGCUCAACCUGCCGAGCGCUCUUCAAGAUAACCGGGCGGAAGCGGAAGAGGCGACCAGUCUUGAAGACGAUAUCGCAUCCGCUUUGAGAGCGACGCAGAAACUGGAGUGGGGGGAAAAUCAUGCAGUGUCUUCUGCCCCCCAGAGGCCGGAGUUUGCUCCAGGAGGAGACGGAGCGCAGACAGCCUUGGGGUUCAGGGAGUGGCCCAGGGGAUUCCUCCGGAGUGCCAAAACACCCCCCGGGAAACGUAAUCGGGCAAAACCAGAGGUGGUUUUGAAGGACAAGCAGAGGGAGGAGGCGAGCGUCAUGGAGACGGUUUACAAAGCGCUAAAAGCGGCGAAUACGGUUGAGGGGGACGUUUCUGCGAGGGAAUUACCCCCCCGAGGAGCCCCAAAGCCUGGAAGUGUGUUUUGUGAGCUGCCCACGGGUCCCCCGGUGCUUCGAAAAGACACCCGGGAGGUUAAGGGAGAGAUAACCGGUUUCCUUAACGAGAUCAAACUCGCUCUAGAAAUGACAACCAACGGUCCCCCGGGGGGGUCGGAAAGCCUGUCCCGGGACCCCCCCUCUGAGUUCGUCUGCCCCCUCUCUGAGGAGCUGAUGCGAGACCCGGUUCUGCUGCUGGAAACCGGUGACAGCUUUGAGAAAGAGUACAUCGACUGGUGGUUUGCUAGGGGACACAAGACGUGCCCGAUUUCCUUCGCGCCUAUUCUUAUCACUGCCAGGAUGCCGAAUCCCACACUGCAAGAGCAAAUCGCAGACUGGGUGAAGCUAGAAAGAAUCUCCCCUCGAGUGGAGUUAGACUAG